CCUUUUUUGCGCGAACAGCCAGUUUCAGGCAGAGAAAGAAUUGGGCGCGAUAACGCCGGCGGUGUGGGGAAUCUGUCAGCCGUGUUGCAAUAAAGGGUCUACCAGACUUCAGUCUGCAGUGAAAUGGCUUCCUCUGGAGCAGAUAUUCAGGUCAAGGAGCUGGACAAGCGUGCCUCUGGCCAGGCCUUCGAAGUCAUCCUGAGCCCUUCGGCCCCGGAGCCCAAGGCCGAUUUCCACCUCUCGCCCCCCAAGAAGAAGGACGUUUCGCUGGAGGAGAUCCAGAGGAAGCUGGAGGCCGCGGAAGAGAGGCGCAAGUCCCACGAAGCAGAGGUUCUGAAGCACCUCGCCGAGAAGCGCGAGCACGAGAAGGAAGUCCUGCAGAAAGCGAUGGAGGAGAACAACAACUUCAGCAAAAUGGCUGAGGAGAAGCUGAACCAGAAGAUGGAGGCCAACAAAGAGAAUCGCACCGCGUUGCUGGCGGCCAAAAGCGAAAAGUUCAAAGAAAAGGACAAGAAAAUCGAAGAAGUUCGAAAGAAUAAGGAAACCAAAGAAGGCGGCGAGAACUGAACUUUAAAAUUUGGGGAAUAUAGGGUUUUUUUACGUAUCCAAAGAUUUUUUUUUUCUUCAUGGCCAGUAUCUUUUUUUUUUUUCCCGGAUGGUUUUGUUCACUGUCUACCUUGUUAACUGAAGGAUUAAGGGAAAACCUGGAAUAUUGUUCCAUUUUUCUUCCCACCCCCACAUAAGUGUAAUUGCAGUGGUUUUUGCUGUAGUUAUUCCUUGUUGCAUCAGUUUUCUAUUUGUAGGUUGUCCAAUUGCGGCUUUGGAUCUCUGAAAUAAGCAGUGUUUUUACCUAGAAGAAAGCAUGUCUCUAUUACACUUGGGUCUUUAACAUUGUUGCAUAGCGCAAGCUGGAAAUCUGUAUCUGUGUAAGUCAGAACUGCUGUUCCUUAAGCUUAAUAAAGUUGCACACAGUUUGUUCGUUUA